CCAACUAUGCCACUUGAUCACUAUAACCAAAUCUUGGUUAUUAUAACUAAACCUUUUUCUGGGUGUAGUUUUGAGAAGCAUUUUAGACAUUGAGAGGUACAAUCAUUUCUUGCAUCUGAGCUUGGCGAUGAGGCUUCUUCUUCACAAUGAAUAUUGCAAAACGAAAAAUGCACUUGCAAAUAGUUUAUUAAACAACUUUGUGAAGGACGUUUCCUCAUUAUACUCUGGGACGAUGUUAACAUAUAAUUUUCAUUUUUUAACCCAUCUCAGUAGCCAAUCAAGGAUUUUUGGCUCUCUUGAAACCAUAAGUGCUUUUCCUUUUGAAAAUUUCUUAGGACAACUCAAAAAUAUGGUAAAAAAAAGUGAUAACGUAUUAGAGCAGCUUUAUAACCGCAUAGUUGAGCGAAGUUUAUUUGAUGUUGUGCACAAAGAAUGUAAACUAAAUUCAGACGUUUCCCGAAAAAAUAUUGUCUAUAAGGACUUUUACUUUAACUUGAAAGGUACUAAUUCAUUUUAUUUUGUUAUAGACCAUUCCGUUUACAAAAUAUACAAAAUUUUUGAAAUAGUCAAUAAUACUUUAUUUAGUAAUUUAGUUACUGACUUAGAUCCUUUUUUUUAGUUAUCCUAUAGACUCGACCUUGGUGGGUAUUUUUUCUUCUAAAAGUUUUGAAAUAGACUCUGAAAUAAUUAAACACCCAGUAGAUAAAAUAUCUGGGAAAGUUUGUCAUAUUAUUGACCAAAUACAUAUUUAUAUGCCAUUGAUACAUUAUUAGGUUAAAAUGGCACAUCAAUAUACCGACCUUUUCAAUAUGGACGAUGGAACAAUUUACACACAAAGACCUGCACAUAACAGCAACUUAUAUGACAACAACAAUGAACAACAAUUAACAGAGAUUCUUAAACUUUUGCAUGACGUCUAUGGAAAAGUUAGUGAAUUAACAACAAAAGUCGAUCGCCUCAAUAUGGAAAUGAUUUCUGUAAGGAACGAGGUUACUUCCAUAAAAGCUAAAGUUUACGGAGAAAUAUCCAUUGAGCGUGAAAUAGUUCUUCGCUCUCCUUUCUCAACUUUAGAAGAAAUUAAUAACCUUGAAGAAAAACUUAAGAACGAAGAAGUAUUUAAAAAAUUUGUUCAUGAAAUUUGCACCAAUGGAGAGAAGUCGUACGAUAAAUUUAUAAGAAGCUCGUGGCGGUCAUUGUUUGAAGACACGUUAGCGCAGCAGUUUUCAUGGCGUGGGACAGGGGAAAAAAAUGCAUAAGAGGGAUGAAUUUGGCCUUGGCAAUUCGAAAUGCGUUUACAAAAAAGUUUGCGUUGGAGGAGAGCGAAUUUGACAAAGUAAGUCAAAAAUUUUUUCAGUACGCACAUGACCGAGUCUGCAAAAUUUACAAGUACCAGGAAAAAAAACAAAGGAUUCAAAAUGAUGUUCACAAAUAAUAAGU